AUCCCCCACCUCCCCACUCGCGCUCGCGAUAGGGUUACAGGGCCGCCGCCGCCGCGCCGCCCGACAGCCCGCCCCUCCCGCUCGCUUCGAGGCCCGCAGCCGUUGCUCCGCCCCGGCCACUCCUUCGGCCCGCCUGCUCGCCUCGAGGCCCUCAGCCGCUGCCCCGCCCCGACGCCGCCUCGCCGGAGUUUGCGCCGUCGCCUAGGCUGAGCUCUCAUCUCCUCUCCGUCUUCUCUGUUCUGUUCUGUUCUGGGUGCAGCUCUAUUCCUUCUUGUUCGUCUCUGUUCCUAGUUCUUCUCUGUACAUGGAAAAAUGGAUGGAUGUUUGUUUGUUUGUUUGGUAGGAGUAGAUGAUUUGCUUGAUUGCUGAAUGGAUGUAUGCUCGUUUUCAUGCUCAUAUUCGACAUAAAUUGUCCAAAGCAACUAGAGUAAGUCUUAGCAAUUCAACACACAGUUUUAGUUCAGGGACAUUACAGAAAUUUUAGCACACAACUCAUCCCAUAAUCUCAGACCACAAUCUUAGAAAAAGAACUCGGCAGCUGAUUCUGGGUGAUUCUGCAGGAAGCUGAUUUUGGGGCAAGUUUCUCAAAAGCUGAUUUUGGAGAAUCAAAAAGCUGAAAAGAAUUGGGCCCUUUUUUCCUCAGAUACACUAAGACAAAAUUAGAGCUCUACUCAGAACUUGAGGCUCGAGCAGCUCAUGAACUUCCAGUAUGUUGUAUAACAUUGGUUGACAUACGCUUGAGUAUGUACUCAUAUGGGUCCAUGGUGGACUAGAGGUUUGGCGGGCAUGAUCUUUAAAGAAUGAUCUAUCAUGGAUUCUAGUAGAAAGUAUAAGUUAUUCUACAAACAUUAUAGGAUAUACUGGUCUGAGGGAAAAAUAGAAAUAAAAAUUCACAAUGCAUUUGUUAGUCUGUGAAUUUCUAAUUAGAUUAUUCCUGGGACAAUAGUAAUUCUAUUUGUGAUCAUAUUUCGUCUGAAGAGCUGCUACUAUCGGCUACCAUUUCUCUUCAGUACUACAAGAAAUAUCUGAACUAAACUUCGUUAUAUAUAAUUGCAAAAAUCUUUGUGAACCAGCGAAAGGCAUUGGGACCAGCAAACCCUAUUUUCUUCAGGAACCGGUUCAAGAAAACAUUGUAGCUUGAAUCAGCAAAAGACAAGAGUAAAACUUUGCCAAGCUUACUUGAUAGUUUAGUCUUGUCAUAGUAACUUAAUCCUAAUAGUUAUGAUCUGUUUUAUUUGUAGAACUUGGGUGGUAUUAUUUUGUACAUUAAGUACAUAAGUAACAUUUUAUUUCUUCAGGUUCUUAUACAGCUACUUUGUUACAGUUAAUACAGAUAAUAUUAUCUUGUACCAUGGCUAGUGCGGAGGAUGUGAAGCAGCGGCAGGUUGUUGAAGACCGUGCAAGAAAUAUUAGCCACAAUGUACGGUGCACUGAGUGUGGCAGCCAGUCCAUUGAAGAUUCGCAAGCAGAUGUUGCAGUUCUCCUUAGAAGGUUAAUUCGUGAUGAAAUAAAAUCUGGAAAGAGUGAUAAGGAGAUAUACAAAAAACUAGAAGAAGACUUUGGAGAAACAGUUCUAUAUGCCCCUAAAUUUGAUCUUCAAACUGCUGCCAUAUGGUUAUCACCGGUGAUUGUGGGCGGCGUAGCAGCUGGUGUGUGGGCUUACCAAAAGCACAGGCAAAGGACCAACGUUCACAUCAUGGCUCUGAACCUCGUCCGAGGGGUUCCCCUGACUCCAAGGGAGAAGGAGACGAUGAUCGACAUCCUCACGCCGCCCCUGCCGGCAAGGAGGUGGUGGUGGCCUCUCAAAUGAUGUUCUUUCAUGUCCUUAGACGCGACAUUGAGUGGGUACCAAUUUCCUGAGGUACAAAUGUUCAGGAUGGCUGGAAUUUUAGCACGUGAUUUCGUUGCACAUCUCGCGCCCUGCUUGGAGCUUGGGCUACAGAUUUUUUUUCUGGGUUUUAUAACCGGAUGCUUGCGAUACCUUGGUGGUUUGUGAUGCAUGAACCUAGCUAGCAGCACAUGUUGCCUUCCUCCGUAUGCUGGCUGUGAAGCUGAAAAACAGCCUCCUGUUAAGUGUAGUUUCUUCCCUAAACAUGUGGUGUCACUGCUGACCCUCUGUGCUAGCAGUCUAGCACACAAGUAGAGCAUUUUGUUCUCAGAAUAAGCUGCAAAUUUUAAUUGAAUUUUCGUAGGCUCUUUGAUCGA